AUGAGUUCCCUGCUGGCGGACGCAGUCAUUUUCGCCCAAGGGCGUCCAAUUUUCGUCUCCGUUUGCGCCGUCGCUCUCUUUGUUACUAUUGUUACAUCACCAGGCAAGGUUGUUGGCAUGGCUAGAAUUCGAUACUGGCAUUCAGCAAAGUCCCUAGCAAUCAAGACGAAGGAUGGCAGAACUACGUCGCUCGCAAGCCUGUGCAAAUCUGCCGUUCGACCCUGUCAACUGAAUCCAUUCCUCUUCAAUGGCCAUCUUCAGACCAUAUGGACGGUUAUGUCACGGCAAUCCGUUCCCAUAUACUACAAGCGAUGGAUCUUUGAGAAUGAAGAGUCUACAUACACUGGACAGUUUGCUGUUGAUUUUGCUACCAAGCCCAACGACGCCCACGACCCGACGUUGCCCCCAAGAACGACCUAUUUCACAGAACAGGAAUUCAACGGCAUCAGCUCACUUGACAAUCGCCCAAUGCUUGUGAUGCUUCACGGCUUGAGUGGCGGAUCUCACGAGCUCUAUCUCCGGCAUGUUGUAGCUCCCCUUCUUGGAGAAGGUGGAUGGGAGGCAUGUGUGGUUAUUUCCAGAGGAUGUGCUAUGACGAAGGUAACAUCUAGCGUCAUGUACAAUGCGAGAGCUACGUGGGACGUGAGACAGACCGUGAAGUGGUUGAGAAAGACUUUUCCCAAUCGUCCGCUCUUUGGCAUUGGAUUCUCGCUCGGAGCGAACAUUCUCACAAAUUACCUUGGAGAGGAAGGCAGCAACUGUCCUUUGCAGGCUGCUGUUAUCAUUUCCAACCCGUGGGACCUGCACGCGGGCAGUCUUGCCUUGCAACGGACGUGGUUCAACCGGAACGCAUACUCCGCCACGAUGGGAAGCAGCAUGAAGCGACUUUUCGAGACUCAUAUCGACCAGAUAUCCACAAAUCCCAAGAUAGACGUCGAUGCUGUCCGCAAGAUCAAAUAUCUUCAUGAGUUUGACCGACAUGUUCAAGGUCCUACUUGGGGUUACCCAACAGAAGGAGCUUAUUAUCGUGAUGCAUCCUCGGUAGAUUCCCUGCUCGCCAUUCGAAUUCCCUUUCUCGCGAUUCAUGCGGAAGAUGAUCCAGUGACUGCGAGUGAGGCUCUGCCUCGACAAGAGGUCCAAACAACACCAUAUGGUGUAUUGUGUACAACAAGCACCGGUGGCCACCUAGGCUGGUUCGAACUCGGAGGCAAGAGGUGGUUUGCAAGGGUCACCACAGCAUUCUUCCAAACCAUGGCGCGAGACAUUGACCUCGAUGCCAUAUCCAGGACCGAUGCUGAUGAUGCACAAGUCGAGGGACAAAUCUCUCGGAAUAACCGCCACCCUCUCGUGCCUGUCUUCGAGCCCAUGCGGCGCAAGAUGCACAUCCCCAUAUAA